AUGCUUUUACGACUCAGUCACCGCGGAAUCAUUCCCAUUUCCAGGCUACUUACAUGCUCCUCGAGAUAUUUUUGUGUCAGUUCUUCUCUUUUGAAAGAAAUCAGUGAUGCUGCUAAAACGUCUGAAGGACCUGCUCCAUCCGAGUCAUUGGUCGAAAAAAUGGCCAAAAUAAACAAAGAGAUCCACCAAGUUGAGAAAGACUCCCGUUAUAGCUUGAACGAUGCCUCGUUGAUUCAUAGACCAGAUCUUUGGAAAGGCUUGCCGGAUGACACCAUUAUUAAACUAUACAGAAAACGUGUAGUCUCUCUGGCGGAGGCAGCCUACAUUCAGAGUGUCUACUACGAUACAGAAUCGGAUCAAUUCGAUGCCGAUACUGAAACCGACUAUGAUAAUUACAUAACAGAAGGUGAAUACAUGGAUGAUUUGGCUGAGCCCAACGAAUAUGAUGAGUAUCCAACCAUAGCGCAGGAUAUCGUUCGAGAUUUCCGUGAUCAACUUGAAUUCAACAGAAAGGCAGCUUUUGAACUUCCUGCUUUGGCUAAAUUACGUGAAGAGUACCAGCCUGUGUCUAAUAAAGACAAGCCUGUCAUUUACAAAUACACGAGUUUUCUUGGUGAAAAGAACCCGGCCGAAAGAAAGGUUGUCUUGAAGCUCAAGAUUACCGAUUUACAGCUAUCUGAAGACGCUUCUCACAAACUUAAAUUACUAGCAGGUCCACGAUAUGAUUACACCACGGAUAUUUUGAAGAUGAGCAGUGAUAAGUUCUUGGAACAAGCCCAAAACGCUUCCUAUUUAUCGGAUAUUUUGAAGGAUUUGAUAGCGGAAUCCAACAAAGAUCCACAAGAGUUUGCCGACGUCCCAUUGGACACUAGGUCAGUUGAUGCUAGACUCAAUAAGAAAAGGCAUAAAAAUAAAAAGGUCUACGAGUUCCCUAAGGAUUGGGAAAGACCCAUUGAUAAGCUGGAUAGGAAGUUGGAUCUCCAGAAGUUGGUUGAAUUGAAAUAG